UUGUUUCGCUGAGAAAUGAUGAUCCGACGUCCUAGGGCUCUACUACGCGUCACCCCGAACACUGAGACGACACAGCGUAACAAAUGAAACUCGCGGGUCUCAAAUCCGUUGAAAAUGCCCACGACGAGUCGGUAUGGGCGGCGACUUGGGUUCCGGCCACCGACAAUCGCCCCUCCGUCCUCCUCACCGGCUCCCUCGACGAGACCGUCAAGCUCUGGAAGCCCGACGAGCUCGAGUUGGAGCGGACCAACACCGGCCACUGCCUCGGCGUCGUCUCUGUUGCUGCUCAUCCUUCCGGUUUCAUAGCUGCCUCCGCUUCUCUCGAUAGCUUUGUUCGCGUCUUUGAAGUCGAUUCCAACUCCACAAUCGCCACUCUCGAGGCGCCGCCUUCUGAGGUCUGGCAAAUGCGCUUCAAUUCCGAGGGUACCAUGUUAGCAGUUGCUGGUGGAGGCAGCGCAUCAAUUAAGCUUUGGGACACAAGCACAUGGAAGCUGGCUGCAACCUUAUCAAUUCCUCGUCCAGAAGGACCUAAGCCCACUGAUAAAACUGCUAGCAAGAAGUUUGUACUUUCAGUAGCAUGGAGCGUUGAUGGGAGAAGACUUGCUUGCGGUUCAAUGGAUGGAACCAUUUCCAUCUUCGACGUAGCCCGCGCAAAGUUUCUACACCAUUUGGAAGGCCACUUCAUGCCAGUGCGAUCCCUUGUGUAUUCACCAGUUGAGCCACGACUGCUCUUUUCAGCCUCUGAUGAUGCUCAUGUGCACAUGUAUGAUGCGGAGGGGAAAACUCUGAUUGGAGCCAUGUCCGGCCAUUCAAGUUGGGUGUUGAGCGUAGAUGCAAGCCCUGAUGGUGCUGCUGUUGCAACAGGUUCAAGCGACAGAACUGUUAGGCUCUGGGAUCUCAACAUGAGAACAGCUGUUCAGACAAUGACUAAUCAUAGCGAUCAGGUCUGGGGGGUUGCAUUUCGACCACCUGGUGGGGCGGGCGUGCGAGCUGGUCGACUUGCUAGCGUGUCUGAUGACAAGAGCAUCUCCCUGUACGAUUACUCUUGAAGCAGACAAAUGCAGGAGGGGAAGGACAAUGAGUAGUUUUUUAGCAAGCAAUUGCUGUCACUGCUUCAUCUUUAGCUGUUGCCCAGACUAUUUAAUCUACUUCUUCAUUAAGUUGCUUGUCUUUUUAGUUAUUAUAACAAAGCAUCAUGACUCAGGGAGAGUAUUAUGUUGUAAACUUGUAGCCAGCGUUCAUUUGCUCAGUAUAUUUGGAAUCGAGGGCAAUAGAUCCCAAAUUUUAUUAAA